AUGGGUUUUUUUUCUUCCGACACUGAACCGUUUUCUGAAACUGCUCGUUUUCUUAUUCUCUCCAUUCCUGGUGGAAAAAUAUCUGAAUUAUCUCCUUUUGCCGUUGAAAAAGCUUUGAAAGGUAUUGGCGGUAGUCCAAAAUCAGUCAAGAAACUUCGGUCGGGCGACUUAUUGAUCGAAACAACUUCUGCUCUUCAAACUAAAUCCUUUUUUCAAGUCAAAUCAUUUUUAAAUCACCCAGUUACUGUAACACUUCACCGAACACUUAAUUUCUGCCGUGGUGUUAUAUCUGAAAAGGAAUUCUUGAAUUCUCUAGAAAGUGAGAUUCUUGAUGGCCAUGCCAGCCAAGGUGUAAUUACAGUGAAACGCAUUUUUAUGAAAAAAGGAAAUACUCUGAUUGCCACUAAUAGUGUUAUCUUAACUUUUAAUACAACAAAAUUACCAUCCAUCAUUAAAGCAGGUUACUUAAACUGCAAAGUACGCCCCUAUAUACCUAAUCCUAUCAGGUGCUAUAAUUGCCAACGUUUCGGUCAUUUCAAGACAACUUGUAGAGGGACACAGACCUGUUCUAGAUGUGCAACUGCUGGCCAUCAAGCCAAUGAUUGCACUGCAGACCCACAAUGUGUAAAUCGUAAACAAGCACAUCAAUCCGACUCUCGAGACUGUCCACAAUGGAAAUUGGAAAAGAAAAUCCAAGAAUUUAAAAUAAAGAAAAAAACACCGUGCUUUGAAGCAAAAAAGCUAUUGACACUUGAACAAAGACCACUUUCUUAUAGCAAUGCAGUGAAAUCAGUAACUUCCUCAAGUACACUGACUGAUGAAAACAUUACAAAAAUAAUUUGCCCCCCGCUAUCUGAAUUAAAACCGAUAGCUAAGAAUUUCCCACUCAAAAAUGCUUCUGCAUCCAUUGAAACUGGGAAAUCUAAACCAAACACCAAGCAGAAAGUUGAGACUAAGAAAGCAAACAAAAAAUCUGACCAAAUAAAAUAA